CUGAAGUGUUUCUGUAGCACAGCUUAAUAGAUAACCAUAGACUAUAGCUUCACAUGAAAUAAGAAAAAGUCAUCAACGUUUAUAUAUGCAUAAUGGAAGUAACAAUGGAUCCCCUCUUUCUUGCAUGGAGCUAUUUUAGGAGACGUAAGUUCCAGCGUUGUUCCGAUGUCUGCAGUAAGAUACUGGAGGACACUCCAUACGACCAGGCUGCCUGGAGUCUGAAGACGCGUGCUCUGACGGAGAUGGUGUAUAUCGAUGAGGUAGAUGUGGACCAGGAGGGCAUCGCCGAGAUGAUGCUGGACGAGAGCUCCAUCGCCCAAGUUGCCCGCCCUGGGACAUCGCUGAGACUCCCAGGGACGAGCCAAGGAGGUGGGCCUACACCUGCGGUCAGGCCAGUGACUCAAUCCGGACGCCCCAUCACGGGGUUCGUGAGGCCCAGCACGCAGUCAGGGAGACCAGGGACCAUGGAGCAGGCCAUUAAGACACCCCGCACCGCACACACUGCCCGUCCGGUCACCAGCGCCUCUGGGAGAUUUGUCCGCCUGGGAACGGCCUCCAUGCUGACAAACCCAGAAGGACCAUUUAUAAACCUGUCCAGGUUAAACUUGGCUAAGUAUGCCCAGAAGCCCAAUUUAUCCAAGACCUUGUUUGAAUACAUCUUCCAUCACGAAAACGAUGUUAAAACCGCCUUGGAUCUAGCCGCAUUGGCCACUGAGCAUGCUCAGUUCAAGGACUGGUGGUGGAAAGUCCAGCUGGGGAAAUGUUAUUAUAGACUUGGGUUACACCGCGAAGCUGAAAAACAGUUCAGGUCUGCACUCAAUCAACAGGAAAUUGUCGACACCUACCUGUAUCUGGCUAAGGUGUAUCAGCGCAUGGAUCAGCCUAUAACUGCUCUGAACCUCUUCAAACAAGGCCUGGACCACUUCCCCGGCGAGGUCACCCUGCUGACAGGGAUCGCGCGCAUUCACGAGGAGAUGAACAACAUCCCCUCGGCCACGGAGUACUACAAAGACGUCCUGAAGCAGGACAACACCCAUGUGGAGGCCAUCGCCUGCAUCGGCAGCAACCACUUCUACACCGACCAGCCGGAGAUCGCCCUGCGCUUCUACAGACGACUGCUACAGAUGGGGGUGUACAAUUGCCAGCUGUACAAUAACCUGGGUCUGUGCUGCUUCUACGCCCAGCAGUACGACAUGACGCUGUCCUCCUUUGAAAGGGCGCUCUCCCUGGUGGCCAAUGACGAGGAGCUGGCCGACGUGUGGUACAACCUGGGGCACGUGGCUGUGGGAAUAGGGGACUUGACUUUAGCAUACCAGUGUUUUAAAUUGGCUUUAGCCAACAACAACGACCACGCAGAAGCCUAUAAUAACUUAGCUGUGUUGGAGCUCCGCAAAGGACGAAUUGAGCAGGCGAAAGCUUUCUUACAGACGGCCUCUUCCCUGGCUCCUCAUAUGUAUGAGCCACACUUUAACUACUCAACCCUGUCAGACACGGUGGGAGACCUCCAGAGCAGCUACACGGCAGCCCAGAAGUCCGAGGAUGCCUUCCCGGAGCAUGUCGACACCCAGCAGAUUCUCAAGAACCUGCGGCAGCACUUCGCCAUACUCUGAGAACACAGAUGACACAGCAGAGGAACCCCCAUGGCCUGAUGAUGUCCCAGAGUUUUCCUGUACAUCAGCUGACGUCACAGAUGUGGGUGCUUUUCAGCUCUUUGACCACAAUAGACGGACAGCUUUACCUCACCAAUCAGGAACCAAAAAUGUUUGUAAAAAUAUUUAAAGGGCACCUCUGAUCCUAGUCUGAGCAAAAAUAUCUCCAUCUAACCUUUCCACAGCGCCACACCCCUGUGCUUACUGUCGACAUGUUGAACAAAUUUUGUCAGACAGGGAAUGCAAGGUAAUGGGUUAGAAAGCAUAAAUGCAGCCCUUGCUGUAUUUUUUCAGUUUGUCUAUGAUUUUGAAAAUUCAACACAAUUUUUUCUCCUGAUCCACACAAAUUUGUGUGGCAUUCAGAAAUGAGGUGGUACAAUAGCACAACAUAGCUAUUACAGUGGACAGACGGUAAUGUUUACUUAAACUGGCUAUCAUGCUUUACUCACAGCCCCAGUUAUCAUUUUUAUCUUUUAUAGCACAGCAAGCAGU